GACACAGUAUCUGGGAUUAUACAGACAGUCAUGGGAGUUAGUUCUGCCAUCGCUAAAGCAGCGCCAACACAUCGCCAGUGCGGCAUUGAGAUUUCCAAUGACUGUUCAGCCUACACUCUUUGCAACCCCAGGAUGUACACUUCUAGUGGACGCUGCACCGUUCCUUUGCCUGUCAAGAUCAAUCCGUCCUCUACGGGGAACGCAUUGUUCACCAAGACUCCGUACACAGCACGAGGAACUGUUGGCAUCUUCACAUACGACCUUCUCAACAAUUCUACAAACGCAGCCACUGAGCAAAUCGGCGUCAUGUUCAAGGUGCCCUUUGACCUUAACUUGAAGUCCAACGUGUACGCAGUGGGAGUGUUUGACAUCAGCAAAGAGUGCAUUCGUGAUCUCUAUCGGGAGAUGUCGAAGACUCAGGACGCAGCGUUCGUCAGAGGCAAAGCAAAGGGCCCCGUCCUCACUCACAAAGGCCAAAGCAUCGCCAUCGUGGCCACGAUGUCCAACUGCUACGAGCCCGUCAUUAAGGUGCAAGUGAGUGAGGAAAAAAAGGUCCAGGAUGAAGACGAUAAUGCUGAAGAUGAUUAUAAAGCUGAAGAUGAUAACAACGCUGAAGAUGAUCAUAAAGCUGAAGAUGAUAACAACACUGAAGAUGACAAUUAG